UAGGAGGCGCGAGUAGGGUGGGCGGUCCCCGGAGGCACGCGCAGACAGCAGGGAGUCACCGGCGAGAGCAGAGACCGUUAUUCAGCCGCAGGAGCAGAAAGCUGACUGACACAGGGAUAGACAGGCAGCGCUCAGCAAUACAACAGGGCGUAGCUCUCUCUCUCCCCCUGACACCUUCUCCUCAGUGCCAGCACUCGCCUUUCCGAGCUACAAGAUGGUGGACCGCGAGCAGCUGGUGCAGAAAGCCCGACUGGCCGAACAAGCCGAGAGAUACGACGACAUGGCCGCUGCUAUGAAGGCGGUGACGGAGUUGAAUGACCCCCUUUCAAAUGAGGAAAGGAACCUGUUGUCGGUUGCAUACAAGAAUGUUGUUGGAGCCCGUCGCUCUUCCUGGAGAGUAAUAAGCAGUAUUGAGCAGAAGACCUCUGCUGAUGGCAAUGAAAAGAAAAUAGAAAUGGUUCGUGCCUACCGUGAAAAAAUUGAAAAAGAAUUAGAAGCAGUAUGUCAAGAUGUGUUGAGCCUCUUAGAUAAUUUUCUCAUCAAAAAUUGUAGUGAAACACAGUAUGAAAGCAAAGUGUUUUACUUGAAAAUGAAAGGCGAUUAUUACCGAUACUUGGCAGAAGUUGCCACUGGAGAAAAGAGAGCAGCAGUGGUUGAAUCUUCAGAGAAAGCUUACAGUGAGGCUCACGAAAUUAGCAAGGAACACAUGCAACCUACUCAUCCUAUACGGCUGGGCUUGGCACUCAACUAUUCUGUGUUCUACUAUGAGAUCCAAAAUGCCCCUGAACAGGCUUGCCAUCUGGCUAAGACCGCCUUUGACGAUGCCAUUGCAGAGCUGGAUACGCUGAAUGAGGACUCCUACAAGGACUCUACACUUAUCAUGCAACUCCUACGUGACAACCUAACACUCUGGACAAGUGAUCAGCAAGAUGAUGAUGGUGGAGAAGGGAAUAAUUAAAACCUCCUGAUGGACUGGCAGCCGCACGCUGAUGCUACUACCGCAGUCUUUAUUUUUUUUCCCACAAGUGGGGGGUUGAGGGUGGGGGAGGGCAAGGAAGGGACAACCUCCCCAGGGAAGACCCUACCACCUGUCUUUGAUUGCCUCUUCGACAUUUUGCCAAAACACCACGAGUGGAAAGUUAGACUGGCUGUGCUAGUAUGGAAUGGCAGCCUAACACUGGCACAUGGACUGUUCUGUAGUUAAUAAAAGUGGAGCUGUUUUUAUUUUAAGUUAUCGCUAGACAUAUUUAGAAAGAGAUUUAAGAAUAGGAAUAACUUGAAUGGAAUGCCUUUUUAAUAGUUUUGUGGUUCCAGUAAGUUAUUUUAUAUUUAUAUUUUUAGCUGUAUGCACGUCUUGCCCUUCAUGCUUUAUUCAUAUUUAUUUAAUGUGUUGUGUACUUUGUACACUGCACCUAUUAUAACCUAUUUUACACAGAAUUCUACAGCAACCAUUAAUCCCUACUAACUUAUUAUUUACUCUGCCAGCAAUAGAAUAACUUAACAGUACUUAAAUUGGCAAUCGGUGAGAUUGCUUCUUUCUGAAAAAAAAACACAAAAAAAUCCAAUUUAAACUAUUGAUGACGUUGGGUAGCUUGUGGGUUCAAAAUUAAAUUUGGAUAUACUUUAAAUCUCUCUUCUAUCUAGCGUGACACAUACAAUUUAGAUGUCAUAAACAGUAAAGUUUCCAUAGUGGUGUGUGUUUUUUUUUUUUUUUUCUGCUAAUUUAUUCUUGCUCAGCCAUAGCUUGGUUGAUGGCUGCCCCUUCUUUGAAGAACCAAAAAUUGCAUCAGUUCUAAAAAAAAAAAAAAAAUCUUUACUGAGUUGUAGGAAUGAGUGCCUCGGGUAAUAUUUGGUCUUGCAAUUAUUGUGGGGCACAGAAAAUGUAAUGGAAAAUUACCCCUUCUCCAUCCUCCACUUUAAAAGGAAAAACACGUUUGUACAAAUAGUCUGCAGUGUUUUUUGUUUUUCUGGAGUAUUCUAGAGCCUUUAACUGUAGAGUUUUUUUUUUUUUUAAACGCCAUAGGGUUUUUAGUUUCCUUGGCUACAUUUUGACUAAAAUACCAGGAAAAUUGGCUGUUCAAUCCAGUGGAAUUGAGUAUUGCACAUAAAUGGAAUACAAAUAUACUGUACUUCUGUUUAAAUAAAAAAAAAAUCAACUUUAUUCCCACAAAUCCUUUUAGAAGGAAUCCCCAACCAUAGAUGAGAUGAAUUGGAUUAAUUGUUUUAAUUUUGUUAGGAUUUCAUUACAUCAUCUGCUACUGUAUGUGGAAGGGUAGUUAAUCUCGCAUUUUACCAUGCAUUGUGUCUUUUGGCAUGCAUUAAAUGGAUAACUCCUGUUAGAAAUCUGCUUUGUGUAAUUUUCUGGUUUGAUACUUGCAACCAAAGUUCUAAACGUUCUAGUUUAGAAGUAUUUAAAAGGAAACUGUAUAGGAAGAUUUUUUUUUUUUUUUAAAUUAUUGCAUAUAUAUAUAUAAUUUUUAAGCCAUAGGUAACUACAGGACAUGUGACAAUUUUAGCUGAUGCAACUUUCAUUCAGACUUGAUGAGUUCUGCUUACUAUAGCAGUGCUAGAGUAGCGUGAUUGAAGCCGUUAUUUUAUUCAGAUGCCUAAAUGAGUCUAAUACGUAUGGAUUGGCUAAUCAAUUGCCAAUUUACAGUUUUCCUUUCUGUCCCCUAAUGUCUAUCCAGUGAUCAGUGUUAAAUUUACUUGUCCCAUGUGGAAGUAAUUUACUGGAAUUACAUGAACUAUUUUCAUUUUCUUGGCUGCUAUAAAACCUUAAAGAUCUUAAGAGGGCUCCAAUGCUAGGGAUGAUGAGUAGGUUCUAAGCAGCAUUUUGUUUUUUAUUGCACUUGCCUAUUUAACAGUUUUUCCAAUGAAAUGACUACCGCUGCAUUAAUCUCAAUACAAUAUUGUGCAUGCUAGUGUUGUAUUUCUAUAACGUAGCUUGAAAUUAAAUUAUACAGUAGAUGUUAUGUAUUCCUAUGGCAAGCCAACUACUCUUCAAUUUCAUUGCCUUUAUUUUUAAGAAGCAAAAAUUAAUUUUCUCCAUUGGAAGGCGAGGGUUAAAGGUAGACUAUGUUCUACAGAGCUGUAAUCUCGUAUUGGUCUGUAAUGGAUGUUGCUAUUGUGACAUGCAGAUAUAUAAUUUUAAUCUAAAAAGAGAAAAAAAAAAAGAAAUACUACAAAAAAUAAUAAAAAAACAAAUAAAAAUGUAUUAAAAAUAAAAAAAUUGGGUAGAUGGGACAUGGGAGGGAUCCUAAACACCAGUUUUAGCCUAACCUCAAUGUCUGGUGUUAGUCAUGGUGAAAUUCUAAUUAUUAAUGUGUAGGACAAUUGCUGUUUUUGAAUAAGCCUAUGUUUGUGCUUCUUUGUCAUUGUAAUGCAGUGAAUUAUUUAAGGUCAGAUCAGUGGAUUAUCACUUUUGUUUCAUUUUUAUUUCAAACAAACUCCGUGUUUCAGUACAGAUUAUUAUUUUUUUUCUUCUUUUUUUGCACACGGACCAUUUCUAGCAGUUUUCCUCAGUGAUGGAAUAUCAUGAAUGUGAUUCAUUAUGUAACUGUCGCACAUUGAGCAAAUAAACUUACAGAUCUGAUGUGGGUGCUGCUUCAAAGUAA